AUGUUGGGAACACUUCAGAAGGAUAUGUCAAAGCAUGGUAUCAGCACAAUACCAAAAGGUGAUUGCGGUUCAUGCGGGAAACCGAUCGUUGGACAGCAUGGUAUCAGCACAAUACCAAAAGGUGAUUGCGGUUCAUGCGGGAAACCAAUCGUUGGACAGUGUGGCGAGGAGCUGGGACACCGGAAUUUUUUUGAACGAGCUGGUAAAGCAUAUUGCGAGAAUGACUAUCAUGACAUGUUUUCACCUCGAUGUGCAUACUGUAAUGGACCAAUCAAGGAUGUAAGCUUUUCCGCUUGA